AUCUCACCGAAAAUCUGGACCUGGCGUGCUUAUGGAUGCUUACAUUUGCUCCCCUCUUUUUGUAUUCUUAAUAUCCUUUUUCUCCCUGGGGUAGCGUUUAGUGGCGCCCUAAGGCUGUGCUUCUAAGUAUCAUUGAGAAGCUAUAAUGCCUAAAAUAGAACUUUUUCUUCUAGAAGACAAGAUAGAGCUCAAGUAUAUUACCGUGAACCACUACCUAACCAAAUGGACAGGUCAAAAGUGGGCAUUGGGAGUUGCCAGUAUUGAAUAUGAUCCUCAUAGAAAUGAACUUCUAAAUGUAAACAGAAUUAAAAGUUUAUCAAAGCACACAAGACGAGAAAGGAGAGCUCGAUAUGAUCGGGGCAAACUUCCUUUUCGAACAGACGCAGACACGGGUUGGCGAAAGGCAGCAAUGUAACAACAUGCUUCCUCCGUGUUACGAUGUGUUUACACUGGGUCCUGAUAUAGGGGAGUUUGGCUACCAAUACGUUCCUACUCUUGAAUUCAAGCUUUCCCCUUCAUCUUGCUCAGAAGAAUCGCUUGAACAUAACCCGGAUGGGUACCACGAACUUCUGCAGAAGCAGAUUGAUGGUCUUCCAGAUGGUUGGAUGAGCUUAGAUUGUUCACCCGAGUCACUACCAAAUUCCCAACCCAGGUUGAGCUGCCCGUGCUUCCCGCAGCACACAUGUACGUCAAAUGGAACGGUAAACACUGGUAAUGCACCCUCCAGUGUGGCCAGGGAAGAUUCAACGCCAAUACCCUCCAUCGAAAUCAAAGCCGAUGAUUUCUUGGAUCUAUACAACGAACGAAUCACAGGAAAUUCCCUGAAACUUGACGGCACAGAGGUCCAACACAGUAGGGAGCGGUCCGAAGCCAUGAGAAAGCAUGAAGAUCAGUGGUCUCCUGCCCCACUGGCGCAACCAUUAUGUGAAUCAAACUCCGAAGAGGAUUCAAACAGGGAGGGAUCUUGGGCCAAACAGGACGCACCAUCUGACAAUGGCAGCAGAUGCUCCAGAAAGAGAUGGCUCGCAUGUCCCUGGUACAAAAAAGACCCACUGAAGCACUCAGGGUGCGCGAAAUACAAGCUGUUGCGUAUCAAAGAUGUCAAGCAACACAUCUGUAGGAGGCAUACGAACCCCAGCACCUACUACAUUCGAGGUAGAAGUUGUACCCCUUCUACCGAGUCGGAACUCGACGGCCUAUCGGAAAAGCAAAGACGGAAGCUGAAUCAGAACGCUAAUCGAGGGAGGAACGACGUGGAACGAUGGUAUUGCAUGUGGGAUACUAUCUUCCCCAGCGAGCCCCGGCCCCUGUCACCCUAUCUCAGCAGCGGGCGGCAAGAAUUACUGCCUCUACUGCGAAGCUUUUGGAACGAGAAGCACCAACAUAUCAUACGCAAAGCACUCCAAGAGUCGCACCGUAGACUGGAGCCGGAGACGAUCCAAAACAUCAUGGAUGCCGUCUUCGACCGGUUCGAAUCAGAGUCAUCUUACCAGGAGUCCGAUACCAACGAGGACUCGGGUGAUGAAUCAUCGGAGACAUCCAACCCCAAGAAACAAUCCCCAGCCAUAGUUGACGGCAUCGCUCAAGAUAACUUGCCUUCUAAACUGGGCGAUACAGACUAUGGUAUACUAUACGAAUCCACAGAACGGCAAGCUGGACACGAGCCUAACUGUGCUUCGGAAUAUUUGAAUAGAAGUCAGGCCGAUAUGUACUUUGGCAUCGGGCUCGGAAACAACCUAGAUCAGUAUAGCCUGAGAUAUUCAUUUUGAGCCACCGUUCCUAAACCUCGCACAAUGAUGGGAAAAGAAAGGUGUCGGAUAAGAGUCUAACUCGUAGAUACGGUUGAUCUCCCUAUUUUUCAUUUGUUUCCCCCUUUCGUUUUUCUUUUUUUCUUUUUCUCCAUCUGGUAGAUAUAGUUGAUAAUUACCUAGGUACUCAACUACCUAGCCGAGGUAGUAAUGAGCAUCUAGAUUAUAGAAAGAAAGACGGCGUCAUCUAGAGAGAGGCAAAAACCUUUUGGGUUCACUUAGAGGUAAAAAUCUAUUUAAAUACUAGCCAGCUCCCUCGUAAGAGGAUAGAAGGCUAGGCGUUAAAUCAACCUAAAACUUCAUACAAAAAAGACACCGAUACUAACUCCGUAUAUGACACCCGUCAAGGGAAUAAGCAUCCUGGCAUUACUAAGGUAAAUACAUUAUAAUGCAGAGAACUAAGUACCAGGUAGGUUAGGUACACAGUAAUAAUCGAAGCAACGUCAAUAGAAGUUUCGCGUGAAGUCGUUAGACAAAACACGUGCCCUUCCCCCCUUUUCACCAAUCCCUGUCUGGAAGGAUCCCGAUCUGGCAUGUGCGUAACCACCACCGAGAUACUGCUCUAUCCAAUAUAUCCGCUACCGAGUUUCACGUUGGCACCGGGUUAUUUAAUAUGCUGGGUACCUACCUACAAUAUGUCGAGUUACCGAACCCGGAUGAAUCCUAGGUACACACCCUCCCUUGGAACCGGAGUUAGCGGACCAGA